AUGUUCUACAACUCGCGCGACAAGGAGGACUGGGAAUAUCCUGUCGCUGACGUAACGCAAUGGCUGGUGCGGCACACCGACUCGGUGCUGCCGAUCCCCUGCCACUCGCACAACGACUACUGGCGGCGCUCGCCAUUGUUCUCGGCCCUGGCCGCCGGAUGCACGGGCAUCGAGGCUGACGUGUGGCUAACCGCCAAUGGCCAGGACCUGCUCGUCGGUCACGACCGCCGCUCGUUGCGGCCCGGCAAGACGCUACGGUCCAUGUAUCUGGACCCACUGCUCGCGAUGCUGGACCACCGCAACCCGGCCGCGACGUGGGGGAACCGCAGCGCGGGCGAGCGCGCCCGCGGCGUCUAUCACACGGCGCCGGAUACGACCGUCGUGCUCAUGAUCGACGUCAAGGAGAAGCCGGAGGUCAUCUGGCCCAUGGUGAUGCGCCAGCUGGAGCCGCUGCGCCGGAAGGGGUAUCUGACGCGGUACCAGGCCGCUAGCGCCGGCACGAAUGAGAUGCAGACGCAGACGCUAUGGCCGGGACCCCUCAUCGUCGUCGGAUCCGGCGACCUGACGCUUCAGGGCCUGCGUGGCUGCUACCCUCGCGGCCGCGGCGGCUUCGACGCGUCCCACGACACCUUUCUCGACGCGCCCAUCCUCUCCAUCGCGGCGCAACAACGGACGGAAUCGGAACUGGAAUCCGUCAGCUACUACUCGCCGGCAAACUCGCACUACGCGUCCGCGUCGUUCAAGCGCGCCGUGGGUCAUGUGCUCUUCGGUAUCAGCGACGAGCAGCUGGAGACGCUGCGCGCGCAGAUCCGCGCCGCGAGAGCGAGGGGCCUGGUGGUGCGCUACUGGGAUAUACCGGGCUGGCCGGUCAACUAUCGGGAUUAUAUUUGGAGUGUGCUUACGAGGGAGGGCGUGGAUAUGCUGUGUGUGGAUGACUUGGCUGCGGCGAGGGGGGCCUGGACCGAGCGGUACGUCCAGAGUGCGGUUCCGGCGACGGCGCUUUCGGUGGUUGGGGUUGUGCUGUUUGUUGCAGUCAGUGUGAUGGGUGGAUAUCUGCAGAAGUAG